AUGUUCCCGUUGAACGCAGCUGCAUUUGCAGCAGCCCACGCGGCUGCUACCACUUCUGGAUCAACGUUUGGAACAGCAACAGCAAUUGCUGGAUUGCCAGGGUCAAACUCUAAUUCAUUGGGGACAUCACAAUGUCUGGCUACUACUACUGGUGCUCCAACAACAGCUAAUUUCAAAUGUGAAUUACUAAAACCAGAUAUACUUGAUGGUACAGGAGUAGGUAACUGUCACAGUUGUCCUUCAUCUUCUUGGACCGAUCACUUACCAUUGCUCGGCGGAUACCACCGAGUUUCACCGACACUUGAUGCAUCAUAUUCACCAUGCAUCACUUCUUACCCAAUAUAUGAUCAAAGUUCAUUCAACACAAACCAAUCUUAUCGUACAUCAUCCGCUGCUCCUCUCGGUUUGUUACCGUCUUCCUUUUAA